GAAGGAAGCGGCGGCCAUUUUGUUUUCGGCGCUCGAGAGCGAGUGCAGCGGGGAGCGGGCGGAGGGGACGGAGCCCCACGGAGCCAGCCCCGCGCCCCACCCCCGCCCCGCAGCCCCGCCCGGAGUCCUGGCGACCGUCUGCUUCGACGAUCGUGAUCUGAAGAUGGCUGCGCAGUCAGCGCCGAAGGUUGUGCUAAAGAGCACCACCAAGAUGUCUCUGAACGAGCGCUUUACUAAUAUGCUGAAGAACAAACAGCCGAUGCCAGUGAAUAUUCGGGCUACCAUGCAGCAGCAGCAGCAACUGGCCAGUGCCAGAAACAGAAGACUGGCCCAGCAGAUGGAGAAUAGACCUUCUGUUCAGGCUGCCUUGAAGCUUAAGCAGAAGAGCUUAAAGCAGCGCCUGGGUAAAAGUAACAUCCAGGCACGAUUAGGCCGGCCAGCAGGACCCCUGGCUCGUGGAGCUGUUGGAGGACGAGGGCUACCUAUGGGUCAGAGAGGUUUGCCACGAGGAGCCAUGCGUGGUGGACGUGGAGCGAGGGCGUUGCUGAGAGGAGGCAUUCCCCUCAGAGGUCAGAGUUUACUUCGGGGAGGACGUGGUGUAUCCCCUAGGAUGGGCCUGAGAAGAGGUGGCGUUCGAGGUCGUGGUGGACCUGGAAGAGGUGGUCUAGGCAGAGGAGCCAUGGGUCGUGGAGGAAUUGGUGGCAGAGGUCGUGGCAUGGCCGGCCGGGGAAGAGGGGGCUUCGGUGGUCGUGGCAGAGGCAGAGGACGAGGAAGAGGGUCUGCACGUCCUGCAUUGACCAAGGAACAACUGGACAACCAAUUAGAUGCUUACAUGUCUAAAACAAAAGGACACCUCGAUGCUGAGCUAGAUGCUUACAUGGCUCAGACAGAUCCAGAAACUAAUGACUGAAGGUCCUUCUGAUAGACUCUCAUUGAAGUUAAUGUGUAUGUCAAUGCCCAUAAGCUAAAAAUGGAAAAACCUGAUUCAUGCUGGAAGGACCUGCAGGAACAGGGGUGGCCCUGUUCUACCAAGAGAUCAGAUUUUAGUGUGUUCCUCUUACAUUUUGAUACUAUAUGUUGUAUGAAACCUUUUUUGGAUUGUUUUUUAUAAUUUUUCCUAACUACUCUGAACAUGAAUGUGACAGACGAGCUGCAGAUCCAGGGCUGGUGUGUGCUCAGCACGCCAGCCCGGCUGCGAUGGCACACGAAGUUCCCUUCGUGCUUAUGAAGGGAAAAUGCUGCAUGAAUGCCACAAUCUCUGCUUCUUUAGGUGAAGUGCUCAUUGGUGCCGAACACAAGCUGUGGGAUCACAUGGUUAUACGUGCCUGGUACUCUUAAUGGUUUGUUUCAGGAUAGGAGUUGAUCCCACAGUGUGGCUAAAGGGUAAAUCUCCACAUUUGCAGUUUUAUUGUUGCAAUAACUCAUUUGAAGUAAACAUACCAAAAUGGCUCCCUCCAGGACUGCCUAAUCAAUCAAAUUCAGG